GAUUUACUUUGAAAAGCCUAAACGGAAACGCUAACUGUGCUUAAUGUGCUUUUCUUUGCUACCCUGUUUUGUUAGCUAAUUUGGCUAGCAGAUAUCGACAGGUCGAAUUUAUUUUCAGAGAAACUAUGUGUGCAUAAAACGGCUUCAACGCCACUCCCAGACAAAGAGGAGAAUGGCUCAUCGAGGCACUCCAGCUCAGCUGUCCCAACGGUCCGAGGAGGACCUGGAGCGUGAGAGUGACUCAGAUCGGGACUCUGGUGUCGGCGAUGAGGUUGACAGUUGCCACAGAAGCCCUGAGACUGAAGAGGACAACCACAAUGAUGCCACAGAAGGCACAAGUGGGCCAGGAGCGCAUUCUACUGUUUUUGUUGCUUUUCAAGGGAAUAUGGAAGACGAAGACUUCAAAAUGAAACUUGACACUGUGCUCAGUGGUAUACCCAAUAUGCUUGACAUGGACUCAAAGACGCUUCAGCCACAGCAUGUCGAGCCGUGGAACAGCGUGCGUGUUACCUUCAACAUUCCACGGGAUGCUGCUGAACGACUGAGACUGCUGGCUCAGAACCACCAGCAGCAGCUCCGAGAACUGGGAAUUCUUUCAGUGCAAAUCGAAGGAGAGGGGGCCAUCAACGUUGCAGGGGGACCAAAUCGAGGACAAGAAGUACGAGUUAAUGGACCAAUUGGAGCAUCUGGCCAAAUGAGAAUGGAUGUGGGGUUUCCAAGUCAGCCUGGUCAAGCAGGAGUGAGGAUGUCAAAUCCUUCCAUGGUCCCCCCAGGCUCAGCCAUGACAGGUCAAGCUCUGGUGCCAGGUAAUAGUGGACAGAUGCAUCCACGUGUCGCAAGACCAGCUUCACAGACAGAUGUCAUGGAUCCAAUGAUGCCAGGCAUGUCAGUUCAGCAGCAGCAGCAGCUUCAGCAUCAACAGCCUGGUCCCCAUGGCCCCAUUCCUCCCCAGGCUGCCCAUCACAUGCAGGCUUUGCAGGCUGGCAGACCAAUCAACCCUGCUGCUUUACAGCAACUUCAACAUCACCAACAGCAACAGGCCCAACAGCAAGCGCAGCUCUCUCAGCUUGGAGCCAGAACCCCAUUCAACCCACAAGGCCAAAUGGCUUUACCUCCUGGCUGGAACCCUUCUGGAGUCCUCCAGACAUCAGCCGCCCAAGGAGGUCCUGCUUGGAGGAAGCCUCCACCUCAAGCUCAGAUGGUUCAACGCCCUCCCUCUCUUACUACAGUUCAGACGCCCAGUCACCCGCCACCACCUUAUCCAUUUGGUAGCCAACAGGCAGGUCAGGUAUUCAAUGCUAUGGGACAAGGACAGUUGCAGCAGCAACAACAAAUGGCAAUGGGCCAAUUUGCUGCUCCUCAGCCUAAAGUUCCACAGGUUGGCCCUGGUGGUGUCGUAGGACCACCGAGACCUCCUCCACCCAUUCCACCUACAAGUGGCCCCCAAGGGAAUCUAACUGCCAAAUCGCCGGGGUCUUCAUCAUCUCCUUUUCAACAGGGUUCACCUGGAACUCCCCCAAUGAUGGCUCAGAGGCCUACAACUCCGCAGGGUUUUCCACAGGGUGUUGGCUCACCAGGAAGAGCAGCCCUCAACCAACAAGGUAACAUGCAACAAGGAUUCAUCGGAAUGCCCCAACACGGACAACCAGGAGCACAAGUUCAUCCAGGUAUACCGAAACGGCCAAUGGCCUAUCCAACCCAAAACUUUGCUCAAGGGCAGGUGGGCACCGGCAUGCCAGGAGCCCCCGGUGGAGGAUCUAAUCAGCAGCUACAGAGCAGCCAAACAUUGACCCAUACAGGAGUCCAGCAGCCGUCCUCCACACCAAAUUCAAUCCAUGCCCAACCCAACGUUAUGGGUGUACAAAGUGGCCAUCCAGGUCAGUCCCCAGGUACAGCUACUGGGCCUAGCAUGACCCAGCAACAGCAGCCAGGCCUUCAGACCCCGAUCUUAGGCCUCCAGCAUCAGGCCCAACCCGUGUCCUCCUCCCCCAGCCAGAUGGUUCAAGGCCAGGGUGGAGGUCAGACUGUCCUCUCACGGCCCCUCAGUCAAGGGCAGAGAGGAGGGAUGACCCCACCCAAGCAAAUGAUGCCUCAACAAGGCCAGGGGGUGAUUCAUGGGCAGGGUCAGAUGGUUGGAGGCCAAGGGCAUCAGGCAAUGCUCCUGCAACAACAACAACAGCAGCAGCAGCAGCAACAACAGAAUUCCAUGAUGGAACAAAUGGUUGUAAACCAAAUGCAAGGCAACAAACAACCAUUUGUAGGAAAAAUACCUUCUGGGGUCAUGCCUGGCCAGAUGAUGCGUGGCCCCUCACCAAACGUUCCAGGCAACAUGGCUCAGUUCCAGGGCCAGGUUGGCCCACAGCAGAUGACACCGCAACAGCAAAUGGCCCAUCUCCAACAACAACAGUUACAACAGCAGCAUCAACUGCAACAGCAGCAGCAACAGCUUCAGCAACACCACCACCAGCAGAUGAAUCAGCAGCAGCCUCAACAGGUUCCACUUAGUGUCAAUCCUAAUCAAAUGAUGGGUAUGCAUGGGCAACAGUUGAGGCUUCCUGCUGGUCAUCCUCUUAUCCAACAACAGUUGCAACAGCAGCAGUUACAGCAGCAGCAGAAACAGCAGCAGCAAGUACUGUUGCAGCAGCAACAGCAGCAGCAGCAGCAACAACAACAACAACAACAGACAGCUCAGGCACACCCACAUCAAUUGGGAGAUCCCAGUAGUGGGACAGGCGAUUUGGGGGUCCAACAGAUGGUCCCUGAUAUGCAGGUACAGCAGGCACAAGGCAUGAUGGGGGGCCCUCAGCACAUGCAAGUGGGAAAUGGACACUUUGCUGGUCAUGGCAUGAACUUUAACUCCCAAUUCCCGGCUCAGGUUCCAAUGGGGGGACCUUGUGCACAGGCAGGUGGUUUCCCUGUCAGUAAAGAUGUAACAUUGACAAGCCCCCUGCUGGUAAAUCUGCUGCAGAGUGAUAUCUCAGCCAGCCAAUUUGGACCAGGAGGAAAGCAAGCAGGCGGGAGCAAUCAGGUCAAACCCAAAAAAAAGAAACCUGCACGAAAGAAGAAGCCAAAAGAUGGAGAAGGGCCUCAGCAAAUUGAGGGACCUGGUAGUAUGGAUGUGACUGGUACUAUGGAGGAUUCUGACCUGCAAAAUUUUGGUGGGGAACCGAGUUUAGGCCUGGACAACUCUGGUACAAAGCUCGCUGACUUUCCCAACAGGCCGGCAGAGGCAAAUUUGAACCAAGUAUUCCCUGGUCAAACAGGUGAUCAAAGGAUACUGCAGCAGGUACCGAUGCAAUUCAUGCAGCAACAGCAGCAGCAGCAACAGCAACCGCAACAGCAGCAACAAAUCCAACACAUGCAACAGCAAAUUCAACAGCAACAACAGCAGCAAAUUCAACAGCACCAACAGCAAAUUCAACAACAACAGCAGCAGCAGCAAAUUCAGCAGCAGCAGCAAAUUCAACAGCAGCAGCAAAUUCAACAGCAGCAGCAAAUUCAACAGCAGCAGCAAAUUCAACAACAGCAACAAAUUCAACAACAGCAGCAAAUUCAACAACAGCAACACAUUCAACAACAACAGCAAAUGCAGCAACAAUUACAACAGCAGCAGAUGCAGCAGCAGCAGCAGAUGCAACAGUUGCAAAUGCAAGGUCUCCAAAAUCCUCAAGGGCAGCAAGGCAUGACAGGACCACAGACCCCGGCUCAAAGCCAAUCCCAGGUACACCAUCAGCUGCAACAGCAGCAGGGUCAGCAGCAGCAUCUACAACAACAGCAACAGCAGCAGAUGUUGAUGAUGCUCAAGAUGCAGCAAGAGCAGAAGAAUCGCAUGGCCAUCGUUCCAGGAGGUCAACUUCCUCCUCGUGUCGUUGGCAAUCAACCUGAGGCACAAAGACUGCCGGUAUCACAGCAAGGGAACAUGCCUGUUAUGAUCAGCCUUCAAGGACAUGCAGGGUUAGCGCAGUCACCUGACAAAACAAGAGGAAUGCCCCUGAUCAUAAAUCCCCAGCUUGCAGGUACUGCUCGACGAAUGUCCCUUCCUGAUCCCGGCCAGGGUCCCCAAAGCACUGGGUCUGAUGAGACAACUUCUGGGAUCCACCCCAAGCAGGAUAGGCCAAGUGGUGCAGAAAUGGCCCUGCAGUCUGGAAACGGCACCCAACAGAUGAUGGCCAACCAGGGCUCCACAACCCACGUGAUGAAGCAAGCCCCUGUUCCGUCAUCAGUGGCCCAGCACACUGGAGCCAGUCCUCAACAACAAUUGCCCACACAACCUCAACAAGGAGCACCCAUGUCCGGUAUUCAUUUCCCUAACGUUCCAACAACUUCCCAGAGUUCCAGACCAAAAACCCCCAACAGGGCCAGUCCCAGGCCAUACCACCACCCCCUCACCCCAACUAAUCGUCCACCGAGCACUGAGCCCUCAGAAAUCAACCUUUCGCCAGAAAGGCUCAAUGCUUCAAUUGCUGGGCUAUUUCCCCCUAAAAUCAACAUUCCUCUGCCACCCAGACAGGCAAACCUAAACCGCGGAUUUGACCAACAGGGCCUUAAUCCCACAACAUUGAAAGCCAUUGGACAGGCGCCUCCAAACUUGACUUUACCAGGCAACAAUAGCAACAGUGGAAGUGGUGGAAAUAACGCUAGCAACAGUCAACCACCUUUUUCUACUGGUACGGGUGGGGGAGGCACUAAACCAGACAAGCAGUCUGGAGGACCGAGUAAAAGGGCCAGUCCUAGCAACAGUCGAAGGUCAAGCCCAGCUUCAAGUCGUAAAUCAACCACACCAAGUCCUGGAAGACAGAAAGGUCCGAAAGUGGCCAUCACAUGCCCUCCCCAACCUCAACAGCUGGUUAAUGCUCAGGGGCAAACCAUGAUGCUAAGCCCCACAUCAGUAACACCAAAUCCAGUAUCGCAAUUAAGUGGCAGCAUGGAGACGCAACAGACUCCGAGUCCCUUCCAUGGUUUGCAAGGUAACCCUCCUGAGGGCAGCAGAGAAGGUCAGAUAAUGAUUGCGUCCGAGCAACGUCAGGUAUCUCAGCCUCAGCCACAUCCUCAGCCUGUGCGGGAGUUAUCGGCUCCACGGAUGACAAGUCCUCGUCCUCCCGCUUCUCAACAGCCGAAAUCCGAUUUGGAGUUACAAGCAGUGGAUAGGCAGUCAACGCACAAAGCGCCACUGCCAGAGUCUGGAGGAACAGUGGCCGUCAGGCCCGCUCCCACUUCACUCAACCAGCUUCUAGACGUCGCAAACAAACCUCUUCGGCCUGUGCAUGGGAAUAUGGUUAGGGACGUCAUGACAAAAGACAGCCCCAAGUCAGCCAUGGAUCCAGAGAGACAACUUCAGUUAGGUGCAGAAAUGCCAGCCCCUGUUGCUACAUCUGUCACUCUUACUGAAUCAGACACUAAAGCCAAGCCUUCUUUGUCAACUGCAUCUAGCAGCCACAGCAUGCAUCCUAACCAUGUGACUUUCAAUCCCACCCCCAGCAGUAACGACAACCCAUUAUCCUCUCCUGGUAUCACUUCCACUUUAAGUACAACGACUAGCCUUUGUUCGACCUUCACUAACACAAAUGUUGUCCAGAGCGUAAGCCCUAAACCAGCUACUUCCACUCAGGGCAGUCAUUCGUUAGCCGUUAGCAGCGGUUCAAACACCAGCUGUAGUCCAAGCCAAGCCAGCGUGAUGCUCAAAUCUGGCGCGGGCUCGAAACCUAUUCCAAGUGUUCACUCCGUCAUACAGAUUCCUGCUUCGUCCAGUUCCAUUUCUCCUAACCAGAUCACCGUAUUUGUCACACCUAACCCAAUGACUUCUGCCCCGACAUCUCAAGUUCCUGCAUCUAUUGUCUCCACAAUGGUGGCUCUACCGAACAAAAAUAUUCGGCCACAGGAUAUUCGGAAUCAGACACCUGUAACUCGACCAGCACAGUUUAUCACCACCACCCCUGUGUUGUUCAACCCCAUUUUUCAAGUCCCGAGUACAUCUGUCUCGCCCAAUACCACAGUCGUUUCUCAGUCAGUCACUAUGGUGGGACCUAUCCAAGUGUCGACGACAAACAUCCAACUUUCUACUGCCCCGAGUUGCACACAGUCGUCAGGGGCAAACAUAAGUGCAUCUCAACUCGCGAGAAGCACUGUUGGACACCUUCCGACUGUCACCAAUGUGUCCUCAGCUACCCCAAUUGGUGCGCAUUCAACUCCUCAGCAAAUCAACCACGGGGCCCCCAAAAUAGAAAAUGUAGUUGAAGCUCAAAAAUCAAGUCCACCAGUCAGCCAACCAUCUCUUCCAAGCCCUUCAACGUCCUCCUCCUUUCAAGCUCCCAUUGCAUCUCCACCUUGCUCAAGUCCUAUCAGUAUGAACACAGUAGGAAAGGGCCUUGUGUCUGCCGCACCCACUGCCCAAAUAAAAAGUAAACCUUUGCAAGUGACCAUAGCUCUCUCUGGAACAGCUGAUUCCCAAAUACCUGCUCAGGUAUCCAUUGUGGCUGCCCCCCCACAAGUCUUCCAUCCUUCUCCUAGUCCUGUUGUUCCAACUGAGCCAUCAGUGGCCCAAACCACCGCUGCUACUCCAAACCUUACGACACCGUCAAUCUCCUCUUUUGUUUCGGUUCCUGCUCAGGUUCCUACCCAGGCUCCAUUGCCUCCUACAACUGUACUGUCAAACUUCACCCUGGCUGCAACGUCUCCAAAUCCCAUCACCAGUGUAGUUGGUACCACCACUGUGGCCUCCUCUACGACCUUGCUCUCUACAGGCAGUCCAGUUCAAAAUCCAGUAUCAUCUUUGGUACCAAUUGUUGCCACGCCUGGACUGAUUCAUGAGAUCCCACCUCCAAAUUCCUCAGCUGCUACCGCCAGCAGAGUUCUUCUUUCUCAGACUGGACCUGGGUCUUUUGAACCCACUGUUACACAAGCAGUGGCUCCUGCUGAAACUAUUCAGACCACACCAGAAUCUGUUCAGCAAGAUGUUUCACAAGAGCCAGUUGCUGUUGCGAAGACAAGUGACGAGGUCUUACCAAGUCCUGAUCCAGGAUGGGCAAAGAAAAGAAAGACGCCCAUCAACUUAGUUCCAAGGGCUGCUGUGGAGAAACCCAAGGGGCCAAGUAGACGUAGCUCACGAGCUGAGAAGGAGGUGGAGGAAGAGCCGGUAACAGAAAGUGCUGUCAGGAAGAGAUCGGCACGGCCUGGAACGACUGCUGCGACUGUUGUUAAAGAAACUGGAGCCAGUCCCACCCAGGCCAAACGAAGGAAGUCAAAAUAGAAGCAAACGUCUGCUUUGUUAUGUUUCUGUUCUCUGCUGUGAAUCACUUGAUUUGAAUUUCUGUCCCACCUCGUAAUUUUAUUUAAUUUUUUUUUUUUUAACUCGGUGAAGAAAUCAUGUACAGAUCGUUUUAAAAACAAUAAUGAUGUAUUGUCCGUCCUGUAAUGUGAGAUUGUAGUUAAAACGUGUGCAUAUGUUGUGCGUGUUUUGUUUUGGGGAGGGGGGGUUACAUGCUAGAGUAAUCAUUUAGACUGAUAAUGGAGAUUGUCUUGUUUGCAAAUGAUGUUAAAAGUGAAUUAAAUUUUCUACUGCUUUA